ACGCCCGUGACCAGACUGAAGCUGGGGAAGCUAAAGGUGGUGCGGCGGCAGCUGCUGCAAAGGUAUGAACACCAGCCGUUUGUCUCCUGUCUGGCCGGCCUCUACGGUUGCCAAUGGAGACGAUACCAAAGAGUCUGGGUGCAACCAGGAGAGUGCUGCUGCAGCAAGGUGGAGUGUGGCAGUUUUGGCCUCCUGAUCCUCACCUUCUUCCUGAGUUUUGUGUUCCUCUAUUUCUGGAGUGAAGCUCAGAACGACUACAACGACUUUGACUGGUUUAUGCGUCAGGUGGCCGUCCUGGGUCUGUACCUGUCGGUGCUGUUCUGUCUCUACCUGGUUCCUCUGGGAAUGUACUCGCCCUGCAUCAAAGAGGCAGGAACACUGGGACCAGCUCCAAAACUAAUCGGACACAGAGGAGCUCCGAUGCUUGCUCCAGAAAAUACCGUGAUGUCGUUUGAGAAGGCAGUGGAAGCUGGAGGGGAAGGACUGGAGACUGACGUCACCAUCAGUAAAUACCAGUCAGUGAACAUCAGUACGAACCUGUACGUGAUCAGUCAGCCGUGGCUCUACACCCUGGCCUGGUGUGCCGGAGCUCAGUCCGUCACCACCAACUCCGUGAACGUCCUGUCCAACAUCAACAAGCCGCUCUUCCUCAUGACUCCUGAAGAAUACAGUCUGAUGUGGAUUCUGACUGACGCUGUGUCUGCCUUCCUCAUCAUCGCCAUUUUCAUAUUCCAUUGGUGGAGAGAGAGAGGCCUGCCCUUCUGGUCUGGCAGUCGUCAGACUCAUGAGAACGGACCGUACAGCAAGUUCAGGACGGAGCUGAGUGACGUGUGGUCGAUCUCCAGCGUCAACAUCAGGCCUGAUACCCGGAGCACGCCCAGCUCUCCCAUCACACCUCACCUGCCCACCAUCACAGAGGAGUGAGGGAGAGAGGGAGAGAGAGAGAGAGAGAGGGAGGUAGAGAAGUGUUAAAACUUGAUUUCAUAUCUUCAGCAUUUAUUGAUCAAAUUAAACAUUCAUGAUGAAGCAACAAUCAAAUCAGACUGAACUUAAUUUAUUCAACAUUAACAGGUGGUUUCAUUUCAUUCAGAUUUUUGAACAGUGGUGGAGGAAGUACUUUUUACUUCAGUUCAGGUACAAAUAAGUAGACAUAUUAGUAAAAGUACCAUAUUAUCUUUACUACCUGAGUAAAAAGUAAGUUAGUAAAAAAUAUACAUAUGAUAACAAAUUUUAUUUAUUUAUAACAAUUCAACACAAAGUUCUUUAAAUUCAACCAAUAAAAAAACAUUUGACAAAAUCAAAUAAGGAAAUGAAAUGAAUAUAAAUCGCAGGUUUAAACAGUCGUCAGGCGAAACAUUGAACUUCAGGAUACUGAGUCUACUGCAGGAGGCGGAGUCUAACGUUACCUGCCUGCUCUGAUUGUGACCAUGUAUUUAAUGGAGUACCUGAAAAUAAACAUAUUUAAGUACAGGUACAAGUACAGUAAGUAAGUAAAUAUACUUUGUUACAUUCCACCACUGUUGGAGUAGGACCUCAUCUGAUUUAAAUAAAAGAGCAAAUAAAAUGAAGAUGUUCAGAAAUCAAAGUGACCAAUAACAGAUCAGUGAAAAUUUAUCAAGUAGAUUCAGACAAACUCUCUCGUCUUUCUCCACUUCCUGUGUCGUCCUCCGUCUGUGGGACGGAACUGAACUGAACUGAACUGAACUGAGCUGAACUGAACUGAGCCUCGCUCACUGAUCUGGCCUCAGUGACGGAGCAGAGAGAUUCUGGACAUGAGUCCAGGAACAUUUUCAUACGGUAACUUCAUCAAAGAGCCGCGGCAGUGACCUGACACUGGACAGUUUAAAACACGAGCCCGGAGGCCGACACGCUCGAGAACAUUUUCAUCUUUCAACACCAGCUGAGCUCAACAACGCAAGACAUCAAGAAACGUAACCUCACACAAACAAAGAAGACAUCGAUGAAUAUAAACCGCUGUAGACGUGAGUCGCUUCCACUUUUACCAUCUCGUGUUUCUAAGUUGAUAAAAGCCAAAUGAUGGAGUGAAAGCAGUGAAAGCUUCAGAGCAGGAAACGUGUGUCAGCUGGACUCUGAGUGUCUUCUGUACCUUUUCAUCAUCAGCUGCAUUAGACCAAACCUUGAACCCUGUUUUAGACUGUAGCUGUGUGAGUGUCUGGAGGCUGAGUGUGAUCUGUACACUGACUGAGUGAAUGUAAACCAGAGGAUAGAGACGGUGUCGUCAAUAUUUGUUUCUACUAAAGUGAAUGUAUCAUCAGACGGGGCCGUGUUUCUUCAUGAGGAACGUUGUGGCCGGGUCCUUUCAGUUUUCAGGUUUGUGCCAAAUAUAGUUUUAGUUGUUCUGAAUAAAGAUCAUGAG